CUUAGUGAAGAAGACCUCCGGCUCCAGGAAGAGAAUGGCGCGCGAGCUCCUCGACGUGUGUGGGUUCUUCUCCGCGCGCCGCGCGUUCACGAGAUAACGGCGGCGACGACGAGAGACCCCGGUCGCUCUCUCCGUGGGGGUUUCGGUUUGGACAAAAGACGACAAUGGACGACGGCCCGGCUCGCGGGGACGCGUCGCGGCCGCCGAGGCGGUCUUCCGCCGCGGAGGUCGGAGGCGCUAACGUUGGCCCGCAGGACCACGGCGACGACCUGUUUGAGGUCCACGCGACCGGGGACGCUCCGGUCGGACCCGACCGGCAGAGCCCCGCCGCCGGGAGGAGGGAGCGAAGCAACUCGGCCACGGAGCUGUACCAGCGGUACAUGCCCAUGGGGCUGCUGAAGUUCCCCAUACCGAGGAAACCCAAGGAGAAAAGAGCUCUGUUCCAGUUUAUCGCCACAGAGUCCAGGGAGUAUGACGACAUGAUGACCAUCCUGACGUCCAGCUACAUCGACACCAGCUCUGCUGGCUGCUUCAUUUACAGCAAACCUCGGCUCGUCCACAGCGAGCUGCUGGAAAAAGAGUUUGUGGAGAAAAGGAAGGAGAUGAAGGCCGAUGGGAGGACGGACAAGGAGCUGGAGCAGAGCUACUGUUUCCUGUUGGCUGAUUCUGUUAAGCUGCCCUUGCUGUGUGAGAAGGGGCUGUUUACGGGUCAGAGCCGCGUCACAGUGCUGGGAAACCCCGCCAAAGGAGUGUACCUGUCCAGGUACUCUGACCUGAUCCACACCCCCCCCCUCACUCCUGGGGUCACGGGGGAUAUCGUCAUCUUCAAAGUGAUGAAGGGGAAAGUGAAGAGCAUUUAUGAAAACAUGAAGAACCUCCUGGAUCCGACGCCUCGCUUCGACAGCCACACUGCCAAGAACGCCAGCAAGGUCACAUCGCUUGCCUCCUAUCGCGCCUUUGAACUCACACAGCAAUACUUCUACGAGUAUUCCUUUGACGAGCUGCGGCCGCGGCCUCGUCAGGUCUGCCCGUACGCCGUUGUCUCAUUCCAGUUUAAAGGAAAAGACUCCUCACUUCCCUGCAAACCACUGGCCCCCAUCAGGUUGAACAGCCAGUCAGCAGAGGGGAGCAAAGAGUGCGCUCAGUUCCCAGUGUGGACCGGGGAUUUGGUAAAAGGAGACCGGCUUCUCUUCCAGGUCUCCCUCUGCUCCUUCUCCCCUCCCCUCCUGCCCCACAGACUACCGGAGAAGUUGGAAAUCGGUUUGUUGAUGAGACUUGAGCAGGCGACCAAACUCCUGCCCGCCGACCUGUUCUGCUACGACCUCUACAGCGGCGGCCACGAAGUGGUGCGGAGCGGCCAUUGUUGCAGCCUUCUGGAGGUGACGGACAGGAGUCGCUCAGCGUCCAGCGUGACGAGCCUGCUGCAGGAACUGGAGAUGAAUAGAGUGGUUCUGGUGACGCCGCUCUCAGACCGAGGCUUCCUCCUCCUGCUGUCCAGUGUUCAGAUGGCCACGCCCUCUGAGAGGGGGGAGAGCUGGAAGAGGUGCCUUCAGGCUUUGUUCGUCUUCCCGCAGUCUAGACAUCUGGCCAAAUCCAAAUUAAGGCGCUCGUCCUUGACGCACGACGCCUCUGGGCCGGUGUCGGGCGUCGCCGUGAUGCCGCGGCUGAGCCAGCUCAUUCCAGCGCUGCAUCACGCGCUGGUCAAGGCCCGGGCCAACCCUCCACCCGAGCUGUCCGCUGGUGUGGAGCGCCAGGCACGGGAUUACCUCAUCGGCAUGAACCAAGGCACGGUCCAACAGUACCCUAUGGGCGAGUUUGACUCAAAGCUGGAUGAGCGAGGAAACCUGUUCCCGACUCCCAAACACCACCAGGUCAACAUGGAGGGCUACCUGCGCUCCUACCUGUACAGCCCGGCCCUCUACCAGCUGUCGGUGGCCCGAGCCAAGCAGAUGGUGCAGGCGCACUGCGGCCCAGAGGAGCUGCCGGAGGCGACGCUCAGGAAGACCUGCGGGGGGCAGAGGGAGGCGGCGGCGGAGGAGACGAUCAGCAGCACUAGAAACAAACCGACCAAACAUGAGAAGAUGCAGCAGCUGGUGGACCUGGUGUUGACCUGUAAGAGGGACGCAGAGAACGAGGUGAAGAGGGAGGAAGGAGCAGGGGCGAAGGUACCAGGGAGAAAGAGGAAGCUGGAGCAGGUGACGGCAGAGAGGGCGCUGAAGUUCCUGAAGGCAUCGCAGGAACCCUCAGGAAGAGUCGGGAAGAUUCCCGGUGAGGGAAGCCAUGCUCCUUACUCUACUGCUUCUCUCACCUCUGUGAUUGGCUUGCUGGGUUUGAAGGACCUUGACCUGAGGGAAGAUGGAUCUGAAGCAGCCGUGAGACUUCAUGGUCUGCUAACAGACCUCAACCAGGCCGCGAGAGGAACCACCAAGCGGAGCGUUGGUGAGGUGCGAGAGGAGGGGCAGAGGGAAUCCUCUCCGUUGGAUAGGUUGGCGACAAAGCUGGGUCUGCCCCCCAACUGUGACAUUGACCUGAGGAAGCAGCAAGAGCUGGAGGAGCAGACGGCGGGCAGCGUCAGUAGUUUGGAGGGAUUCAGUCCUAGCUCCCACAGCGGGGAGAUGAAUCAUCACGGAGGAGCAGGUAGAGAAGGAGGAGGAGGGCUCGAGAGGAGAGCGGGAGCGUACGAAAAGGAAGAGGACCACAUCCAGUGGGAGAUCCCGUGGGUCCUCAUCCCCAUCACAGGCGUGUGUUCGCAGAGGUACACCCACAGAGACAGGAACAUCCCUCAGGACCCCCGCUUCCAGCACCUCACCACGGCAACGAGCGGCACCACGACAACCAAACCUCGGGGGAGGAGCCCCGCCCGGUCUCCUGAGCGAAGCUCUCCUCCCUCCCCCCUCAAGUUCCCAUCCCCUGAGCCCAGCCCCCUGCACUCCCCCUACCAGUGCCCGUCACCUGACCCCAGCCCUCCCCCGUCCCCCUCCCAGUGCCCGUCUCCGGAGACCAGUCUGCCGCCUUCUCCGUCUCCGUGCCCCUCCCCGGAGCCCAGCCCUCCCCCGUCUCCGCGGCCCAGCCUCAGCGCUUCGCCUUCCCGAGGCCAGGCGCUUCCCCUCGGCUGCCCCCCUUUUCCAGCGCGGGGCCAGUCCGCUGAGCCGAAUGAGCUUGUCCCGUUUAACGAGGCCCACAGUGGUGCUAACGAGGAGCAGUCCGCCCCCACAGCCUGGGGAUUUGCAGGAUUGCCUAAAGACGUAGAAGAGGAACCUUGGGGGAAAGAAAAGAAGAGCGACGAGCCCUUGGUUUCUGUUUCCAUCCAGCCUUCAAUUCCUCUGCCUCCAGAAAGGAGGACGAGCCCCUUCCCUCCACCCACUGAGAGAGUGAAGGGAGAUGCAGAGAGGGAAACGGUGGGUUUGAGGGGGGUACAAGCAGGCAUUUUAGUUCAGGAAAAAGAUCCUCCGCUUGUUCAAACACUGCAAACCCGAGUGGAAGAAGAAGAAGAAGAAGAGGAGGAGGAAAUGGAAAUGCCGCAUGUGGUCACUAGUGGGAAGGAGCAAAAGGCCGAACCGAAGGAAGCGGUAGGUGGUGCUUUGUUCUCUCCGUCCGUCUCCUUACCUCCGUCUUGCCUCGACUCUGAGGUGGACAAACAGCUGGGCGACUUCUACUCUGGGAUUCGGCUCCUCCUGCAACAGCACAGUGUCCGUUACGGCUGCCCGCCCCCGCCCCCCACCUCAAACACAGAGACUUCUGCAUCUCCACACGCACUCCAGCGCACCUUUUCACAGUAUGUUACCUUCUACAACCCCUGUCCUCCGGUGGAGGACUACGUUCGCUCGCUGCAGGACGGCAUUACCGGCGUGCUUGAGUUUGAUAACAGCUCUCUGGCCCACAAGGCCGGCACUAGCGGGACCGAUGUUGAUUCCGCGCUGGCUAGCAGUGUUAGCCAGUUUCUGUCUAGUAUCAGAGCUGGGAAGGAUAAAACCGGCAGCGAGGACGGCGGCCUCAGUGGUGAGUCGACAGCUGCCGAGAGUCCGGCUCCCUCCAGAGGAGGCGUAGCCUGGCAGCCACGCACAGUCACCAAACAGGCUCCUGAUGCCGGUAACAGGAACCCCCCGACCGCUCACGUCACUUUAUCAGUCACUACCUCCAAGUCUGGUUCUGGCUCCAGACCUACCGGUGCUUCCAUCCCCUCAUCGCCUCGGAACGAGUCCUCACAGUCCGCCUUGAAACCACAACACGGUCGCACUUUGGAGACCGCGGUCGCUCACAGCAGACAAACCCAGGACGCCAGCUCUACCAGCCCUCCACGUUGUCCCCCUGCUGCAGAAGGUAGGACUGAGGUGACGUUUAAAGGUCUCGGCGGGAUCUCAAAGUCCUCGACCCAACCGCCCCACCCCCCCGAGCGGGUCUCUGAUCCGGCCUCGGAGUCCCUCCACCUGCCCGCCGAAAGCCCCGUCCCUCCGGCCGCCUCCCUGAGCUCCCUGAUCAGCCGGCUGCAGCCAGAAGUGUUCAACAACCUGCUGGAGAUUUUCAAAGACGUCAAGAGAAACUCCACACAGUUCUACAUCCACAGCGGCGAGGCGGGGGACCGGGUCCACGACGAGGUCAAGGAAUACCUGUUGAAGCAGGGAAACACGGAGCAGAGUCCUGUGGACUUCCUGAACCGAGAGAACUCCUCAAACCGUCUGCUGGUCAUCAUUAGGAACAAAGACAUAGCUGGACAGCUGCACAGGAUCCCGGGUCUGUUGUCUCUGAAGCGCCGCGCCUCUGUUGCGUUUGUGGGAAUCAAUGACCUGGACGACAUCAGGAACAACUGCUGCGACGAGCUUUUCGUCUCCGGAGGUUGCGUCGUUUCGGACGAGUUUGUCCUCAAUCCGGACUUCAUCACUCGCGAUCAACUGGUCGCCCUGCUGGUGGUCCUGGAGCAGCACAGCUCUCCACAGAGCGCCUGGACGUGGAAGGUUCACUGGCAAACCCACAAGAAGUUAAACGAGCAAGCCAGGUUCCGGAGAGAUGCAGCCGACCUACUGGAAGUCCUGUCGGCCUAUCAGAAGCGGCAGAUUGUUGAGCUCCUCCCAUAUCAUCACUGCGACAAAAUAAACCAUCAGUCACCUCACCUGGAGUGUCUGAUGGAGCUCCAGGCCCAACACAAACAGUACCGACACACAGUCUUCCUGACAGUGCAUCAUUUUGAGAUGUUCCCUGGCCACUCUAGAAGCGGCAUCAUCGUGGCAAGUAUUAACGAAAUUCUGCACAACUUCACCGGGCUGGUUGGUUACCAUGACAUCAAGGACAGGCAGCCAAUCAUAGAUGACAUGCUGGGCUCCAAAGGUCUUGGGAGGCAUCGGACUAGUAGCGCCUCUGUGUCGGGCUUUGAACGCUCUUCCUCUGUCUUCCCAGAACACAUUCGUCCCUUCCCCUCCUGCGACCAACCCCAGCAUGUUGCCCUGCAGGGCGGCUCCAUCCCUCCCGCUCUCCCCCAUUGGUCUGACCAGCUGGUCCCAGACGCCUCCUCUAAGGAGGUUCUGCAGCAACAUUCAGACACGGACUUUGAGGUUCUCCGACUCGCCAUCUCACAGCUGCGGGCUGAGCGUAAUGCGCAGUUGCAGCAGCAGUUGGAUGCUCGAGCAGAGUCUUACAUCAACUCCUUUACAAACCUCCUUCCUAAUGUCUGUGGUGGUGGCGGCGGGGGCGGGCGUCACUCCACGCCCCUUUUAGCUCAAGGAGGUCCCACUGAGUCUGAAAUGGUCAGUCAAGACAAGAAAGCAGUGUCAGUGACUCUGGAGAUGAUUCACUCAGCAUUGCAGCAGGAACAGGUGGAGGACGAGGCGACGAAGGGCGGCGCAUUGACUCAAACCGUGGGACGAAGAUGUGGAGGAAGAGCAGAAGGUGGAGGACAUGCUGGAUAUCCCAUAGAUGGUACUCCAGUAAGAGUAGGAGGAAACAGGGAUCCCGGCAAUUGUACUUCUUUGUCCAAUCAAAGCACAGCUGCAGCAACCAGACCGAGCACCCAGGCAGGCUCCGCCAGCGACGGGAUGGAGAAGAAGAAUCGACCAGGAGAACCUGUCCUUCCCAAAGCAGCUCAAUACGCUGCAGCCUCGCACAGUACCACAGCUGGUCCUGCAGAGGGUCACAGGUCUAACACAUUGAGGGAGACACAGUUGGGCCAAGAACAGCCAAUAGGUGGAGAGGGAGCAGCACCUGGCAACAGCACUGCCAGUGGCACCAAGAUCCAGCAUCCUCGACAUCUUCACCAGCUGAACAACCAGCAGCUUCAGCCGAGUCAGUCGUCCCGGCAACAACUGCCCAACAGCCAGCAGCAGCAAAGGGGCGCCGGCCUCCUGCAGACCCCCCACUCGCCGCAAUUCCCCAACCACCCUUCCUUUCAAGGCCCCCUGACUUCCCUCGGAGGUGGACCCCUGGGGCCCGUGUCUCGCUGGCCGGGGGGCCUGGGCCCCACAGGUGCCACGUCUGGGGUCUGGGGCCUCCAACAGGCCGGUCCUCGACUGCUGGGCAGUUACCACAACCCUGCAGGUCAGGGUAACAGAAGGUACAGAGGGGGGGGCAAGUGGAGGAGGCUUUGAUGGAAUGCAGAGCCGGCUAAACCAAGGAACAUUCCUGAGAACAUCCCGCCUGGUCGAAACCAGCACAACCGACUGACAGGUGCUAGUUUGCAGGAAGGACGAGUGGCACCAGACUGAAGCGCCGUUACUUUUACCACUUUUGAACCCUGAUCCAAACCAGGGUUUACAGCCCGUGCCGCGCUUUCCUGGAAGCUGGACGCUUCAUAACUUGGUUCAUGAAUUUGGUCCCAGAAAGAAUGGCGAGGAGGACGGGCCUUUUGCUUUAAUUUAUUUGUUUGGCAUUUGGCCUCGUGUAGAAAUGGGGGCUGGAGAAUUGAGGCUAUGCAACUAGUGUCUAACGGUGGGAUUUGAACCUGUGACUAAGCGCUGUCACCACUUUGCAUAAAGUCAGAGGAAUUGCUUUUUUUUUUUUGUAGAAAAAGAGCAAAGACAGAACCUCCAUCCUUUUUAGAGCCUUUGCAUCCACUCUAAUGGAAGAGGUCGUUCAUGGUUCUACCUGCGUUGUUUUCGCUCUCGGGCUGGACCAUGAAUGUCCGCCUCUGAGAUUCUCUUCUCCCUGAAUGGAAGGUAAACUGAGCAGCCGUCCCGCUGUUGUCUUUCAACUGAACAAAGAACACUUUUUCCUCUGAAUGUUUUGGUUUGUCUGCCUGUGAGCCGUUUGUGUUUAGAUGCUGUUGUAUGUACAGUAGGAAAGUGAUUGUGUGACACUUGUUUUAACUUAAAAAAAAACCAAAAAAAACAUUUUCUACCCAAUUUUUUGUAUUAAAAUUCACCUGUGUAAACCAGCAAACUUGUUUCCAGAUGUUGUUCUCCUCACAUCGAUCAGCUGGAGGACGGAGCUCCUCGCACACAGCCGUUCACUCGGCUCAUUCAAACAGAUUUGGAGGCCAGUUUUGGUAUUUUCCAGCACGCUCUGCAGAAGACGUGGAUUUUCACUACAAACUCCCAACAGCACCGCCGGCGCUCUCUCCUCACCACGUCUUCUCCCUGCAACGAGCAGAAUAACUGGAUCAGGGACCCUUUUAACAGUGUGAACAUUAUUAGUUGACGUACAACAAUGUUUCUCAUCAGACAACCGAAGAUGAAUAUUAAUAGAUCUUUUAAAUCAAUUACACUGCUCAAAAAAAUUAAAGGAACCCUUUGAAAACAUCAGAUCUCAAUUUGAAAAAUAAUGAUGUUGGAUGUCUACACUGAUAUGGACAGGUUCAUGUCUUAGGAACAGAAAGACACCACAAAAAUCCAAGUGAAUAAAAUGAUGUCCAGUCCA